GGAGCCUUGCCGGCUCCUCUGACUGGCAUCUGCGAGUACAACAGCGACUGACCCACUCGGGCUCGGGGAUUUACAUAGACGUGGAGCGAUGCUUGUGACUCUGCAGCUCCUCAAAGACCCGCAGAAGCCUGUCAGUGUAGUCCAGGACCUCCGGCCUCAUGGAGCCCCCGAUCCCACAGAGCGCUGUCCCUUUGCCUCCCAGCUCCGUCAUGGUGCAGCCCCUCCUUGACAGCCGAGUACCCCACAGCCGGCUCCAGCACCCACUUACCGUCUUACCCAUUGACCAGAUGAAGACCAGCCACGUGGAGAAUGACUACAUAGACAACCCUAGCCUGGCCCCCACCGUGGGCCCCAAGCGGACCCGGGGUGGCGUCCCAGAGCUGGCCCCUACACCUGGCCGCUGUGACCAGGAUGUCACUCACCACUGGAUCUCCUUCAGCGGUCGGCCCAGCUCUGUAAGCAGCAGCAGCAGCACCUCCUCAGACCAGAGGCUCCUCGACCAUAUGGCUCCACCGCCAGUAGCUGAGCAGUCUUCCCCUAGGGCUGUGCGCCUCCAGCCCAAGGUGGUCCACUGUAAGCCACUGGACCUCAAGGGCCCAGCAGCUCCACCAGAGCUAGACAAACACUUCUUGCUGUGUGAAGCCUGUGGGAAGUGUAAAUGCAAGGAAUGUGCGUCCCCUCGGACAUUGCCCUCCUGCUGGGUCUGCAACCAGGAGUGCCUGUGCUCAGCCCAGACCCUGGUCAAUUAUGGCACAUGCAUGUGCCUGGUGCAAGGCGUCUUCUACCACUGCACCAAUGAGGAUGAUGAGGGCUCCUGUGCUGACCAUCCCUGCUCCUGCUCCCGCUCCAACUGCUGCGCCCGCUGGUCCUUCAUGGGUGCCCUCUCUCUGGUGCUGCCGUGUCUGCUGUGCUACCUGCCAGCCACAGGCUGUGUCAAGCUGGCCCAGCGCGGCUAUGACCGCCUGAGACGCCCUGGUUGCCGCUGCAAGCACACGAACAGUGUCAUCUGCAAGGCGGCCAGUGGCGACACCAAGGCCAGCAGGUCUGACAAGCCUUUCUGACACUUUGGAUGAAAACUCAACACUGCCCUUGGAAACUGGGGUCCUUCCUGCCAGUCUCUUUUGAGACUGACCUGGCUUCUCUGUCCUCUCUUAAACCCCAGAUUGAGAAGAAACAGGCAGAGACCACUACCACCCAACUUAGAGUCCCCAAAAGGAUAAAGAUGCACUUUGGGGUUUUCAUGUUCUUGAAACUUUAUGUCAAGCAGCAGUGACAGCAUCAGGGUGUGGUGGCUUUGGAUGUGGUUUUCCUAUUUCAGAAGACAGAACACAGAUGUGGACACAAUCCCGAAGUUUGGCUGCUCAAUGGCCUUCCCAGCCCCUCCUCUCAACCUCACCCUCCCUCUUUGCCUCUGGCUCCUACUGGAGCCUCCUGCCUGGGAGGAACAGCUAAUGGAAGGUGGGAUACCUCAAGGAAGACCCCGCAGAGCCUUGACUUCUACAUUUUUUUCCUCUGCCCAUGCCUGUUGGCCUUGGCCUCUUGGGAAGGUGCACCAUAGCAAUUCCUGCUGUAUGUACUUGAUAGCUGAGAACAAAUCACUGGUGAGCCGAAGCCUCCCUGGAGCCACAGGAUGGACAAGGAGCCACUAGGGCAGUCAGUGUGUUCCUCCUAGCUUCAGUCACUAACUUGGAGGUGUCCACUCAUCACACCAUCCUCCGGUUCAUACUCGAGUCACAGACUGGCCUGCCUGCUAUGUGUCCUGAGCUCUCUCUACUUAGAUUCUCUGCAGAAACUUGCUGGGUUAAGAGGGCCAGGGUGACACAAGUGAGACCAAAUAUCAUUUUGCCAAUGAGUCUGAGGCUGUGGUCUGCGGAUCCAGUCGUGAUGUUUUUAUAUGUUUAAUUAAACUAGAUGCUAAUGGUGUUUAAACAAUAAUAAUACAACUUGCUUCCUUUUGAGCCACCCCCAGGAAGGGCUGAUUUCACAAUCUGGGGGCAAGAAACCUCAAGGAGCGUAAUUCCCCUGCCCGUCAAGAAUGGCGAAAGAAGAGGCCGCACCUCCCAUUGGCAGAAUGACAGUUGAGCCGAGCUGGGGUUGGGCUUUCUUCUGAUUCUGCUGCUUGCUGUCAUAGCCUUUUGUGUAUAGUGAUGUGUCUGUCUUUAUGUAAAUAGAGAGAGGAUGAACAGAGUCUAUUUUAGUGUUAGGAGGCCCUGGUGGGGAAGUCAGAGGAACCCAGAGAGGGUGGGGAACAAUUUUCCAGGGGCUACUGGAUUUGAGCCCCACUUCUGUGCGCAGCACAAUCUCCGCCCUUCCCGACAGCCCCCAAAGACGUAGCAACUCUUUCUCUCACGGUGCUAAAGGUCUCAGAAAGUGCAGCACGUCCAGUGGGUAGGUACUUGUUGCAUGCAAAAAGCUAUAGUGUCUCUGGUCCUUGCCCCCAGCUGUUGUGUGGGGUUUUUGCUUUGUGUGGUAUUUUGUCCCCAUCCCUGCCUCUGGUGAUAGGAGAAAUGACCUGGGUCAGAUGAGGUGUCCCAGGUGAAAUUGGGAAAGCAUUAGGCAAAACUCAAUGUGUGACAUUUCUGGCUCUCUGUGUGGGACCAGAGCUGCCCCCAGGAAGGAGACAAGCAGGCAGGUAGCUGUAAUGCUGUCUCAAGGAUUCACCCCCACCCCCACCUUGGAAA